GAUGGCUCUAGUUCGAACCGACCAAAGAUUUAGCCUCGAGUGUGUUUAAUUGAUUAAACUUUUCUCGAUUUCACAGUGUAAUGAAAAAGCGCUGUUUUCGAGACUUCGGAUGUUUGCGGUCGUCUGAUAAUGUAACUACUGGCAUCCGAAAGAAAUUGGUAAUUGUUGGUGAUGGAGCCUGUGGGAAAACAUGUUUACUCAUUGUUUUCAGUAAAGAUCAAUUCCCAGAAGUCUACGUCCCAACAGUAUUCGAAAACUAUGUGGCUGAUAUUGAGGUUGAUAAUAAGCAAAUAGAACUAGCUUUAUGGGAUACCGCUGGUCAAGAAGAUUAUAAUCGCCUUCGCCCAUUAUCCUACCCAGACACCGAUGUAAUUUUGAUGUGCUAUUCUAUUGACAGUCCUGACAGUUUAUCUAAUAUCAAAGAGAAAUGGAUACCGGAAGUUAAACAUUUUUGCCCAAACACACCAAUUAUAUUGGUUGGCAACAAGAGUGAUCUCAGAUAUGACGAUAAAGUUAUCAAUGAACUUGCCCGUUUAGGUCAACAUCCAGUUACAUCUAGCGAAGCAAAGGCAGUGUCUGCUUAUAUUGGUAGGUUCAAUAUAAUUUAGAAAUUGUUUCAACGUUUAUUCAAAGUUUCAUUCAGUUGAUCAGUAAUCAAUACAAGCCUAACUAUUAGCAACUCUUUAGUUUAUUAUUCACACAGUAUAACUAAAAAUGUAGAUUGACUUAUUUUAGUUACAAAAGCGCAUAUUUAUCUUGUAAAUGGUCCUAUAACUAAAGCGGAUUAAUUUAUCACUCGGGUGUUUUAAUAGAAAUUUAUUACUUCUAUUGUAAGCAUAGAUCUAAUAGAGUCGUAUGUUUUAAAUUGCUGUGAAGCUUAUCAUCCGUAGAGUAUACCUUGUUGACAAUCACCGAGAGUCCUUAAUGAUAACUAAAAAUAAACUAUGGGCUUCACUCAACAGAUAUUUAUAUAGUUUAAUCUUAUGUAGUCGUUUUAAUCGGAUUUAAGUCGGCAAUCAGUCUGCUAAAGUUUCAUUGUACAAGAACAUGCUUUUAUCAUGUUAAUUAAUAUUAAAACCACUUAAUGAAAAGUAUUAUAAACUGAUUAAUUUGUCAAUACUUAGUGUACCUCCAGACAAUUCGAACAAUAUGAUAAACUGAGCUGUUUAAAAAAAGUGCAGUUAUUUUGGCUCUGUACUCAUGAGAUGAUUUAUUUAAUCAACCCAUUUUUUCAGGUACUGAUUUACGUACAUAGUUUUGAACCACUUUCUAUAUUAUGAGCAAAGAUGGAUAGUGGCUAGCAGUGGAAUCCAGGACACGCGUUUCGUCCUAUUUGGGAUUCGUCAGCUGGAUGUACCUGCAUCUCAGAGUUGAUGUUCACUCUGGGACUCGAACCCAGUACCGUCCGCUUCAAACGCCAUCGCGUUAUCCACUUAGCUAGAUUCAAGUAAAACAAUAUCACUUUCUAAAUGUUAGAGUUAAUGAGAUACUACCUGAUUGCCCAAACCAUAGUUGGUCGAGUGGCGGAUUUGAACUUGCGAUUGUAUAUAUGUCACCAAGUUUGUUCUUAUUUCAUACUUUUCACUUUUCGAAAUUACUUUUUUCCUUUCUUAGUUAUUUCAUUUGUUUUCUAUUUUUUCAUUAUAAUUCCGACUUUUGUUCUUUCCGUCUUAGUAAUUUCUCCAUAUUUUUACUGAAAUGUUAAGUGUGGUAACUGAAGAGUUCCUGUCUAUGAUGGAUGAAGGGAGAUUAAGUCAAUGAUCACAAACAUAAUCAGUGAUAAUUUUUGUGUUAAUCGGUGUUCAUGAAAAUAAGCCAUACUAGGUAUCUUAUAUGCCUAAUCAUCGUUAUUUUUAAAGAUUGUAAUUGAUGCGUUUCAGCAAAUAGAUUUAAUAACGUGAUACCUUCAAAUAUAAAGGCUAUUUACGCCAAAGUUCUAUUCGUUAAUUAAGCGUUACCAUCUAAUAGAUGAUUAGUGAUAUUCAACACUUUCUUAUCACUAUCUGAACAGCUUCACUCUACGUCCAUUUUAUAUCUUGAAGCUAGAGCUCCUAAAAUUUUCUUCCACCUCUUACUUUCCGCUUACGAUGUAUACAGAUUACUUAGGAGAAAGCCACACAAUCAACUUAAAACCAUGGAAUUAUCUGCAACGAUAAUAGGAAACCGCCAGAAUAGGUGUUUGUUUGCAUAUGUUCACAGAAAUGUUUAUUGUUAAUACCUACUUCACUCUAUAGGUUCAUCAGUCCGUCAGUAACUCAGUCAUUGAUAGCGUUUGGUCUCGUACAAAUGUGCAUCAAUCUAAGUUACCACAUAUCACAUCACUAUCUCAAAAGAAGAUAAUAAUAUAAUGAGAAGCAGAUAAGUGGUAACAUUAAAUAUUCUUCGUACUCAAAAGCUGGAAGAUGGUUGCGCAAUUUUAUGAAUUUGUUAAACAUGUAUACUAUUGGAUGGCGGCUCAAUAGUUUAAAGGUUGAGCAAUUGACUGUGAAACCGAAUGUUCUGGGUUCGAUCCCUUGUAGCUUUAUUGUGAGUAUACACUGUUGAUAAGUUCCAUACUGGGAUGAAACAUGUGUUCAGUGCUCCCUAGUUCUCAGGGGUUAUUUAACAAAGAUCAGCUUGUGACGUCAAUCAUAAAAUUAAAAAUCCCCGUAAAUAUUUUUAGUAUUGUUUGAGUAAAUUAGAACAAUGAGCAAUACUACCAGUCAAUGUUUAUUUUCUAUAAUUUCUGUUGUUUUUUUGCUUCAUUUAAUUUGUUUUAUGUAUUUAUUUUGAUAAAUUAGGCGCUUACGGAGAAAUUGAAUGUUCGGCAAAAACCAAAGAAAAUGUACGUCAAGUAUUUGAAUUAGCUUCUAGAGCAUGUUUAAAAAUACAGAAAAAACAUAGAAAAAGUUACAAAUUAUUUUGAACUUUACUCUUCUUCAUUUAUUUUCUAUCUUCAAUAGAUAAUUUAAUAACAUUAUUUACCUAAUAUUAACUUAUUUAUUUCUGGCUAGCAAGUGUUAUUAAAAAGUGUUUCUUUCACUUUGAGACGAUGGAUAAAUGAGUGAACACAAGAAAAAGUUGUUGACUUCCUUCUCACAUUCCUACUUUUAAUCUUCAGUUCAUAUUGUUCCGUUGAUACUUCUGCAUCUAGUACCGUUCGCUCUAGGCUGUUACUUCUUUUUGUAGUGUUGUUUUUUAUGCGGUAUUAUUAUUAUGUGUACUUUAUUUAUUCUAUUUUAAGAAAAUUGAUCUUUUUUUAUCAACAACUAAUGUCGAUAUGGGUAUGUAUCUAUCUAUGUGUUAGUUUGCAUUACCCAUUUAAUGUUAAUCAUUUGUAUAUCUCAUUUCAAGGCUUAUUGUUCUUUAGAAUGAACAAUUAUUUGUACAAUGAAUUAUUUUUGAUUGUUCAUUGCAUAUGUAUCCAUUUUGUGCACGCGUGUGUGUGCUUGUUUUAAAUUCCUAAAUAAAAAAGUGUCUUAUAUCGGAUUUUUUAA